GAGUGGCUUGAUUAUCUGCCUUCCGCGUCGGAAGGCUGUUAUAUCGAAGGCACUUUAUAACAACAUAACUGAUUAACAUUAACAGCUAUUGUAAAAGUUAAAUGUUAAUAUGGAUUGGAAUCUGGUGCUCACUCAAGCGACCUAUCCGUUAUGCUAUGACACUCGUAUAGUAAUUCUUUGUUUUUCUGCACCGACAUAAGCACGUUUUUGUCCGUCAAAGUGUCAUGAACGUUUUAAACUUUGCAGACUUUGUUUUGCUUGUAUUUAUUAACAGUUUCGUCGUUGUGUGUGAAAUGCACAAAAUGCUUGUGCUACCAAACCACUGAGUCAUUUGAAAUCUCAAUGGUAUCAUUGCAAUCUAAUUACAUGAUAUUAAUUACACCAGCGUUUUGAGCUGGAAAGGUUCAAUGCUUUAAUAAAUAUUUUGGUCGAAAAAUGGGUCAAAAUAUGGUCAAUUUUUUUUUUACUAAAAACGCUCAUGAAAACGUUGACCGCGAGAUCUCUUAGACGUUAAAGAAUUUUGUGACAAUAUUCUACCCACUGCAUUAUUAUUAUGUAACCCUAAAAAGAAUCUGAACAAAAUCUGAGAGGGUCGAUGAAGACUCGCAUUUUAAUACUGCAUGGUUUUCAGAUGGAUGCUCUCUUAAACAGUUAAGUUUCACCACUUGCUCAUCAGGUUCACAGAGGUUUACAAAGGCCAUCUUCAGAGACACCAAAGAGUAGCGCUCUUUACUGUGUCUCCAUAGAAAUUCGAGAGUACAUGAAAAGCUCCUGUGUUUUUAACAAACUUGCUCUAGCGCUUAAUGUUAUUCUUAGCGCUUAAAGUCAUUCUUUUUCCCUUAUUCCUCGCAUCUAAAUUCAGAUGGAAAGCCCUAAUAGGUUUACUUUUUGGCUUGGUGUGUGCAUUUCAGUUUUGCGGCUGAAGAAAAACGAAAGGUGACCGGGAAGUGACUGAGAUGUUGUUUGAAAAGACGAUAGUCUGAUCAUAAUGAAAUGUUUUCAUGGCAGCUGAAAAUACUGCCAGGAAAAAUAGUCAAACUCAUUGAUAAUUUUACUGAUGCUGAAGGAAAUAUCGGCACACAAACACACAGAAAACAAACAAACAAGAUUUAAAUUUUGUAGUUGCACAAUAAAUACUAUGAUAAAGGGUGUGAGUUAUUUGAUCGGGAAGUGCUGCAGGAAGUUCGAGACAGAAGGAAACCAAGUCAGUAGUGUAAACCUGAUACAAAUCGAUUAUAGGUUUUAUAGGUAUGAGGAAAUUCUGAUUCUUUCAACUCAGGUGUAAGUCAGAGAGUUGAUAAAAGGAAUCCCGGCCUCGUGACUGGGCACGUCACUUCGCCUGUUUAUUAUCAAAAUGAGCAAAAACGAGUAUUGUCGACGUUCUCAUAAAAAAAGCAAAGACGUUUUCCAAUCACUAUGUUUUUUCUCCAGUGCAAACAAUUUUUCACAAUUCUGGAAUUGAGCAAACUAAGGUCUCUAAUGACUUCCUAUUAAGACAGCCUUUGUUCUACCCGCCUAGCGCCUGUCGCACCAUAAUCUAUUCUGAAACAUAAAAGAUCCGCAGACGUCCCAUUCCUAGACUACGAGUAGUCCCUUUUUCGCUUAGUCCGUUGUGCGUGGCCCGAAAGUAAACCGCGAGAAAAAAAUGGCCGCGCGGACUCCUGGGAGCGAGACGCGCGCUCGUGGUUUAUUUACGGUCACGCUCGACGGACUAAGCGAAAGAGGGACUUCUCGUAGUCUAUCCCAUUACUGACGGAAGAAGAAAAUUACGACCUUUACGAGCGGACUAAACAUUUCUUAAAAGCGAAAAACAAGGGAACUUUGAUGUACUCCGAUUUCUAUGGAAACAAAGAAGAAAACAACUCGGCUACUCUUUGGCGUCUCUGAAGAUGGCGGUUGUAAAACUUUGUGAAUCUGAUGAGCAAGUGGUGAAAUUUAAAUUUUGACUGUUUAAGUUUUGCCGUUGCGUUGCAAAGGAAAGUCACUGACAGUGGAUCGACAAUACUUCCUUCAGCUAUGUUGUUAAAGGAAGAGUUGAAAAUGGGUCUUGACCUUGUUAAUCGUCAGCUCUAUUAGGCCGUUCAUUAAUUAAACAUAGGGGUGGGCUGGAGGAAAACUAAACAAUAUUCAAACAAAAUUCCCUGCCCCCCAUGGACUGUAAUUUUUUUCAAGUCCCCCAAAUUUUCUUUACAUAUAUUUCCGAGCUCCCCCUCCCCUACCUUCACCUUUCCAACAACCUGGUUAACCAAGAAAAAACCGAAUGUACCUUUUUAAUAUUAGUGGAGAAUAACAGUUGAAACCCUACUGGCCACUCUACCAGACCGCGUUGUGACUGUUUUGUGACUGUUUUUGGGAGUCCCCCCCUCCUUGUUGAAAAUUUUUUCGAUACCCCCCCUAAUUUUCCUCCGGGGGGCCCACUGACCCAUAAUUAAUGAACGGUCUCUAAAAUAGAUCAUGACAUUGACGCGUAAUGUUUUUUCAGAUGUUAUGAUAUACUUUAACAUAUCCUGGUUUGCUUCUGUGAACACGUGAUCAGGAAGAGCUAAUAAUGGGUGAAACAAGGUCACAAACUAGUAUAUGUACAGGUGCUCGUACAGAUAGAUUUUUAAAGUCAAGGCUGCAUUCAGGAGGAACAGAAACAUCGUAAGAAGAAAACUUAAGUGCGGUGAGUCUAAAGGAUCAGCUUAAAAUGAAAUUUGUCAUUUUGACCAUUUUGCUUGUUACUUAAUUGAGGGCUUUUUGUACUGUGUCCCUUGUGUCUUUUAUACUACAACCCAUCUACGUUAACUGGGUAUUUUCGUCCUUGUAAAUUCUUUGUGUUCUGUCUUUUAGUUGCUGAAUUCGCUUGGUCAGUUGGAUAUCAAGAGAGUUUAACCACUUGACAGUGAAAGUUACUGAAGAGAAAGGAACCAAGAUGUUUCGUGCUGUGACCUUCAUCGUAGUUUUUUGCUCAUUAUUCUUUGCCAUCGAUGCCACUGCUGAAGAGUCCUUGGAGCUAAGGAUAUCUAAUCGCGACUUUCGACCCUCGCACUCUCAGAUGAUUGAAAUGUUAAAGGAAGCAGACCUUGAGAGUCAUGGCUACGAAAAGCAAGUUACUUCAAGUUUAACACAAAUGCCGGGGAGUGACGAGAAGAGUUACGAAAGAACUCACCUGUACUACAAGAUUGUGAGCUGUUCGCAGUUGCAGGAGAUUUACCAAGAAAUACACCGUUUGCUGCCAGGUGCCUUUGAAUCGGAUAUGGUCAUGAAGUAUGAAAAGGAAGUCAAAUACAGUCAUCUGGACAGCAUGCAACUUUGUCGAGCAGGAGUGGAAGUUCAUUUUAGGGAUGACAGGUGCCAUGAGAAUGGAAAAAUCUCUGAAUGCCGUCAGAAACGCGGUUAUGGAGAUGUCGUCGUCUGCGAGGUAGUCAAGGGCGUAGUCGUUGUUUGAAACCUAACUGGCCAACAGCAGAACUUUAGCGGUAUAAUUCUUAAGUAGUUAUCAAUGAGUUCAUCGUUUAUAGUUUAAAGUUGUCUCAAUAGUAUAACUCAGCUUCUCUUGGCACAUAAAAAAUGAUAAAAAACUUUGAUUCUUAGCUAUAGAACGGUUGAAAUCACGCGUUCAAGUAAUCAUUAAAU